AUGUCGGGCAGAGACGCCCGCGACCGCGCUCCGCGCGUCAAGAACCGCGCCGCGGCCAACGUGCAGAUCACAGCCGAGCAGAUCCUGCGUGAAGCCCAUGACCGUCAAGAAGUCGCCAUCGAGGCGCCCAAGCAGCGUAUCCAGGAUCUCGAGGAGCUGCACGAGUACCAGGGCCGCAAGCGUACCGAGUUUGAGGGGCGUAUCCGCUACUCGCGCGACAGCAUCGGUGCUUGGAUCAAGUACGCACAAUGGGAGGCUAGCCAGAACGAGUUUGAGCGUUCGCGCUCGGUGUUUGAGCGUGCCCUCGAUGUGGACCCGCGGUCGCUGCAGCUGUGGAUCAAGUACACCGACAUGGAGCUCAAGGCGCGCAACAUCAACCACUCGCGCAACCUGUUUGACCGUGCUGUGACACUGCUCCCCCGCGUCGACACCAUCUGGUACAAAUACGUCUACCUGGAGGAGCUGCUGCUCAACGUCCCCGGCGCACGGCAGAUCUUUGAGAGGUGGAUGCAGUGGGAGCCCGAUGACAAGGCGUGGCAGUCGUACAUCAAGCUCGAGGAACGCUACAACGAGCUCGACAGGGCAAGCGACAUUUACGAGCGGUGGAUUGGUGUGCGGCCAAUCCCCAAAAACUGGGUCCAGUGGUCCAAGUUUGAGGAGGAGCGCGGCAAGCCCGACAAGGCGCGCGAAGUGUUCCAGACUGCGCUCGAGUUCUUUGGCGACGAGGAGGAGCAGAUUGAAAAGGCCCAACAGGUGUUUGGCGCGUUUGCGCGCAUGGAGACGCGUCUCAAGGAGUUUGACCGCGCCCGCGUCAUCUACAAGUUUGCCCUUGCGCGCCUGCCCCGCUCCAAGUCGGCCAACCUGUAUGCGGCAUACACAAAGUUUGAAAAGCAGCACGGCGACCGUGCCGGCGUCGAGCUGACCGUCCUCGGCAAGCGACGUAUCCAGUACGAGGAAGAGCUGGCGUACGAUGGAACCAACUAUGACGCCUGGUUUUCGCUCGCCCGUCUCGAGGAGGAUGCCUUCCGCGCAGAAAGGGAGGAUGGCGAGGACGCCGACCCGACGCGCGUGCGCGAGACAUAUGAGCGCGCAGUCGCCAACGUACCCCCUUCGACCGAGAAGCGUUUCUGGAGGCGAUACAUCUACCUCUGGCUGCAGUACGCGGCCUUUGAGGAGAUUGACUCGCAAGACUAUGACCGUGCGCGCGACGUCUACAAGGCCGCCAUCAAGCUCGUCCCACACAAGCUCUUUACGUUUGCCAAGCUGUGGAUCGCCUAUGCGUAUUUCGAGAUUCGCCGGCUCGACGUCAACGCCGCCCGUAAAGUCCUGGGAGCAAGUAUCGGCAUGUGCCCCAAGCCCAAGCUGUUUACGGGCUACAUUGAGCUCGAGAUGCGUCUGCGCGAGUUUGACCGCGUGCGCACCUUGUACGAAAAGUUCCUCACCUACGACCCGUCCUUGUCCUCGGCGUGGAUCCAGUGGACCCAGGUCGAGAGUGCCGUGGAAGACUUUGAGCGUGUGCGCGCCAUCUUUGAGCUUGCCGUGCAGCAGGAGCUCGACAUGCCCGAAAUUGUCUGGAAGGCGUACAUCGACUUUGAGGCCGGCGAGGGAGAGCGCGAGCGCGCACGUCACCUGUACGAGCGUCUCCUGGAGCGGACAGGACACUACAAGGUGUUCAUCUCGUACGCGCUCUUGGAAGCGUCGGUUCUCGGCGGCGGCGAGGACGAGGACGGCAACGAGAUCGAGGGCGAGGCGGGCGACCCCGAACGUGCGCGCGCCAUCUUUGAGCGCGGAUACAAGGACCUCCGCGCCCGCGGCGAAAAGGAGGACCGCGCAGCACUGCUCGAGGCCUGGGAGGCGUUCGAGGACGAGCACGGCGACGACGCCGACCGCGCCACUGUCGCAGAGCUCAAGCCCCAGACGAGGAAAAAGUGGCGCAAGGCAGAGGACGGGUCCGACGAGCUCGAAGAGUACUGGGACCUCACGUUCCCAGACGACGAGCGCGAGGCCAACCCCACCACAUUCAAGUUCUUCCAGGCGGCCCAGCAGUGGGCGGCCCAGCGCGCGGGUGGGGAAGCGGCUGCGGGUGGCGGUCUCUCGUACGACAUGCCCGACUCGGACUCGGACGACAGCGACAGCGACGACGAGGAGGAGGAGCGGGCAGACAAGGGCGAGGGCGAGGGUGAGGGCGAGGCAGCGAACGGCGAGGACGCCAACGACGAGGCAAUGGAGCAGGAUUGA